CUAAAUUCACAAUGGGUGAGAACUCAUCAUCACCAACAGGGAGAAACUUCAGUGAUUUCAUUAAUCAAAAUGCCUCAUUCUCUUCCUCCUCUUCUGUAAUGAAGUUGUUUGGUGUCGCCGUCACUGACGGUGGCAUAGCUCCGACGUCGACGACACCUCAACCCGACAUCGACACCAACAAAAGAUUCGAGUGCCAAUACUGCAAACGAGACUUUGCCAAUUCGCAAGCAUUAGGUGGUCAUCAGAAUGCACACAAAAAAGAACGACAAAGAUUAAAAAGGGUGCACUUCAUGAGCAACCACCGGCGGUUUGCAGCGCCGGUGACCAUUCUAAAUGCACAUGCAACAAGAUCUGUGCAGUUCCAGCAACCGCAGAUGGCGGUAGUGGAUCAUUAUAUAUGUCCACCGUCAGCACCACAGGUUCUGUCGGGUGUUCCUUUAAGGUUACCAAGCAGGUUUUAUAUCGGACGACCGUCGCAGUUCAACGCCACUGCCGGAGUGAGUCGGAAUUCAUCAAGGAUGAUUGAAGAAGCAGCAGAUGAGAUUAAUGGUGAUGGAGUGGAUGUUGAUCUGCAUCUGUGAUAAUUCCAUUUUCAGCUGUUGAGAAUUUUUACUUUCUUUUUUGCUUUUUUAAAUUCUAAUUAAUUAAUUUUGAUGAUUUGGUUUUAAUUUCUUGGGUUAUUUUAUAGUAAUUCAAGAAUUUGCUUUUAUAUCUAUAUAUAGUUUCAGACGAGUUAAAUAAUUCCUUGUAAUCUAGGAGUAGUGACCACUAAUAAAAAGCUAAACCUUGUGAGCU